AUGGCUGGUCUUGGUCCCAGGGUGUUGCAGGUGCUCGAGUUCGCGAACGCGCGUGCGCCGGAGCUGCAGGCUCUCCAGGAGCUGUCGCAGCAUGACGUGGUGUCAUCAUGCACAGACGCCAAGCUGCAAGUGCAGAAAAACCAGCGGAGACGCAGAGCCAACGCCUUCAAGUCGCACAGGAUGCCGCAGAGGUUGCGAGCCACGCCCAAGCCCAACCAGAAUGCAUUGCGUUGCCGCAAGCAUGAGCGUAGACCGCACAAAUUGCUGCAAGCCCGCUCAGAUGUUGAAUCGGAGCAACCACGGUGGCUGUCAACCCAUUUUUGGCACGCCAAACGCAUGACCAUGAGUGAACAACAUGGCUACAUUUUAGCGCUUCAUCGAGCAGACAAAAGUGUGUCCGCUGCAUUGCAAGCGAUGAGGAAAAUGGCUACAUUGCAUGACUCCAGCUAUUACGGGGUUAUUGAGCUCUUCGGUCUGCCUCAAGUGAUCUUGGAGGCUCUGCAAUUGGUCUCAGACCCCAAUGGGUCGGACUUCCACGGCCUCAGGUUCUUGGCAGGAACAGAGGAAGGCGCCAGUAUGUUGUACCGUGAAGGGCGAUUCCCACAGGGUGCCAUCGCCCCCGUGACGUUCAUGUGGAGGCCAUUGAAGAAGGAUUACGAGGGUGGGGAGUUCAAACUGCACGAGGAUUGGCAGAGCACCAAGAGGCAACUGUGGCUAUGGGUACACCCUGCAGCGUAUAUGGAGGCAGCGACAGCUAUUGCAGCCGCAUGUCAGGAGGUCGUGGCGGAAGAUGAAGAGGGCAUCGAAAUGCACGAUCGACGGGGACAAUUGUGUCGCUUGAAACUGCGUGGACGACUUGCAGAUGAACUUGUGGCAAGUCUUGGUGACGGGAAGGUGGAGGUUGAUGAGGAAGAUCAGGACGAUCAAGUUUCAGAUCAUGAAGAUGGCUACAAUCAGAAGGAGACUGUAGCCAUUUGCAGCAGUAGCAACCGACGCAACUUGCUGCAAACUCUCCGCAAGACAGGCAAAAAAAAGCAGACUGAUGAGGGGAAGGACUCGAUUUACUCUGUUGCACUGAAAGACCCACGUCUUGCGCGUUAUCGAGAAGGUAAAUUGAGGUAUCCAUCUGCUCGUUCGAGAUCGAGAUUUUCACUUCUGAAAGAACCACCCGUCGGUGCUAUUGCUGACGUUGGUAUGGGCGUAAUUGAGAGUCCUUUGUCUGGACUGAGCCUCUCGUCGCUGGGUAAAGAUGCUGAAGAACCCGAGACUAAAAUGAUCAUGAAAGAAAUGCAGACAUUGCUAGCUUGGACGACUAGAGGCCCCGAUGAAGCUGUGUCAAAGGAAACUGGCAGUGCUGGCUACCCCCUCGUCAUCGCAGAUGAAAUCCGAUCGGAAGUUGAGACGCAAGACGAUGCUAUGGACGUGGAUGCAUCUCCCAGCUCGUUGCUGUGGUCGUUGUCCAAGAGACGUAAACUUAAGAGCAACUUUAUCAAGGACCACCAGUUGAACCAAGAGGUAUACCGUCAACGGAAGAAUGACGUGUUGAGCGAGGAUAUUGAUGUGAAAUCUCCUCCGCUCCACCUUCUGGCUAUCAAAAAGAGCGGGCAGUAUCCUCAUACGAGCGGUUGGGACCUGAUCUGUCCUCCAUCUAACGCCCCUGGACUGCUGAAGGCGUUGGUCUUCGGUGGAGCUCUGGUUGUUGGGCUGGAGGAAGACUCUGCUCUGUCUACAGUGCUGCACCAACCAAGCUUUCCGUGCGAUUAUCCGGAUACUCAAGCUGGGCAGGCGUAUUGGGAGGCUCGUGCGCGUGGCUUGGAAUCGGAGCAAGCGAAGAAGCCCAAAGCGAAGCGCUUUAACUUCGCAAAACACGAUGUAACGUCACCAUUUCAUCCGCGAUGGGAGCUGCUCUUUGAGUCCACAACAGAUGAAGAUACAACACCUUGUGUACUGCGUGGGGAGAAGUACAUGAAGCCCUUCUGCUUCUACAAGUCUAACAACACUGACGAAGACAUGGCAUCCACUGCUGAGUCCAUUGUAUCUGUGCCAAUGCCGACACUUUUUCGCGUUGUUGUCGUUGUCCCGAGACGAGGCAACAUCGAUAUCAACGCCAUGCUCCUCGCACCUUCAGCCGAGGAUAUCGAACAAUUCUUCAAGGACAAGAACUGGAAAGGCUUUGAUAUUGUUCUGAACAAGAAGAAGAAGACCAAGACCGACAGUGACGAGCGAUCUCUCAUCGGCUACGUGACUUCAGCUAUCUACGACCGGCCCAAGAGCGCUUUCCGCGCCGUUGGCUUCAUCGCUUGUGAGCCACUUCAGCAACUCUUUCUAGCAAGCCAGGGGCGAGAGUUCGGCAAACAGCGUCAUUACGCACUUGCCAUGUUUCGAUCUCCACACGGGCGAAUGGUUCGCCCUGUCCUCGUCCAAGCCCAGACUUAA